AUGGAUCUGAGGCAGGAGUCUUCCUCACUGUCUCUUUCCUGCUCUCGCGGGUUCCCAGGCUACAGAAGCCGGAGACUGCAAUGGAGACGGAGACGGAGCAGCAGCCGCAGCAGCAGCCGCAGCCGGAGUCCCCAAGGACAGAGGCGACUCCAGAACAGCGAGGGGCUAAAGAGGCGGCGACCACAGAGCCGGGAGCGGAGAGCCGCAUCACAUUCUGAGGAAGAGCGACAUAGCAGGAAAUCAAGGAAAUAUCAGACCUCCGAAAGGAAUCACAGAAGCCCAAGAAAGUCACGGACCCGAUCUGGAUCGCGGGAGCCUUCCCAGUCAGAUUCUGGAAGGGAGACGAGGAGGUAUCAUAGGAGCAGACGCAGGAGGAUAUAUCAGGAUUCCAGAUCAUCCACCUCUUCAGUAUCAUCUACAGCACCUUCGCCACCCCACUCUCAGAGCCCUCAAGAGUCCCUGGACAAGAACUUGAGUCUCCAAGAGCGACAGAGGCUAAAGGAGGAGAAAAAGCAGCAAAAAGAGUUGAGGAAGUCCUUUGAGACAGCUGAAGAGAAACGGGCCCGGAGACUGGCAAAGAAGGAGGCCAAAGAACGGAAGAAGAGAGAAAAGAUGGGCUGGAGUGAAAAGUAUAUUAUGGGCUACACCAAUACUGACAACCCCUUCGGAGACAACAAUCUGCUAGGAAUAUUCAUGUGGAACAAGGCACUGGAGAAGAAGGGGAUCGGCCACCUGGAGGAGAAGGAGCUGAAGGAGAGAAACAAAAGAAUUCAGGAAGACAAUCGGCUAGAAUUGCAGAAGGUGAAGCAGCUGCGUUUGGAGCGUGAGAGGGAGAAAGCCAUGCGGGAACAAGAGCUGGAGAUGCUGAAGAGGGAGAAGGAGGCGGAGCACUUCCCAACCUGGGAGGAACAGGAAAACAACUUCCACCUUCAGCAAGCCAAACUUCAUUCUCAAAUCCGCCUAAGGGACGGCCGGGCGAAGCCCAUUGACCUCCUAGCCAAGUACAUUAGUGCUGAGGAUGAUGACCUGUCUGUGGAGAUGCACGAGCCCUACACCUUCCUCAAUGGCCUCACAGUGUCAGACAUGGAGGACCUUCUGGAGGACAUCCAGGUAUACAUGGAAUUGGAACAGGGCAAGAAUGUAGAUUUCUGGAGAGAUAUGACCAUCAUUACAGAGGAUGAGAUCUCCAAACUCCGCAAGAUGGAGACAUCUGGAAAGGGGCCAGGAGAGCGUCGAGAAGGGGUAAAUGUCUCUGUUAGUGCUGACGUACAGUCGGUAUUCAAAGGCAAGACCUACAAUCAACUCCAGAUGAUCUUCCAGGGCAUUGAGGGCAAGAUCCGGGCAGGGGAGCACAACCUGGAUAUUGGCUACUGGGAGUGCUUGCUGCAGCAACUCAAGGCGCACAUGGCCAGAGCCAGACUCCGUGAGCGUCAUCAGGAUGUACUCCGGCAGAAAUUAUACGAACUGAAACAGGAGCAAGGUGUUGAGAGAGAAUCUCUGUCCCCCAUUCUCAAGAAAAAGCCAUCAUCUCCUAGCGAAAGGUCGGAGCCUGAAGAACGAAAUCAGGCCGAACUGGGACCUUCCAGCUCAGGUGCCUCAGAGGGGCCAGAGGCUGAAGGAGAGGCCAGAGCCGAGGGCGAGGGCAAGAGGGAAGCUGUGUCAAUGGAGGAAGACUUGAUUCAGCAGAGCCUGGAUGACUAUGAUGCCGGCAAGUACAGCCCCAGGUUGCUCACCACCCUUGAGCUGCCCUUUGAUGUGCACGUGAUGGAAUCAGAAGAGGAUCUUCAGCGUCUGUUGCUUUCUCGGCAACAGCUACAGGUCACAGAAGAUGCCAGUGAGAGUGUAGAAGACAUCUUCUUCCGUCGGGCAAAAGAGGGCAUGGGGGCAGAUGAGGCGCAGUUCAGUGUGGAAAUGCCCCUCACAGGCAAGGCGUUACUGUGGGCGGACAAAUACCGGCCCCGCAAGCCUCGCUUCUUCAACCGUGUUCACACAGGCUUUGAGUGGAACAAGUAUAACCAGACUCACUAUGACUUUGAUAACCCCCCACCAAAGACUGUGCAAGGAUACAAGUUCAACAUCUUCUAUCCAGACCUGAUAGACAAGCGUUCCACACCCGAGUACUUCCUGGAGGCAUGCCCGGACAACAAAGACUUUGCUGUCCUGCGCUUCCAUGCCGGACCUCCCUACGAGGACAUUGCCUUCAAGAUUGUCAACCGGGAUUGGGAGUAUUCACACUGGCACGGCUUCCGCUGUCAGUUUGCCAAUGGCACCUUCCAGCUCUGGUUCCACUUUAAGCGCUACCGCUACCGGCGGUAG